CAUCUGCCGUGGCCGGGCGGUGGAGUGUUCUUUUCUUCUCCUCUCACUCCUCUCCUCUUCCUCUUCCUCUUCCUCUUCCUCCUGUCUCUUUAUUGGCUUGUAGAUCUCCCUCCUUGCUAGCUCUCGCUCGCGGGCAGAGAAGGCGGUGCCGUUGAGGAAUUCAGGAGAAGCGGCGGCGAUGUCAGACGGCGCCUACCUUCCUCCGUCCAAGCCCACCGCCCGGCCCGGAGGCCCCCCGGCCUUCCCGCCCACCAAGGCCCAGUCGACCGGCGCCACCCGCCUCGCCUACCGCCCCUAUCCCGCCAAGGCAGCCCCUCGUCGGCGCCGAGGGCUCUGCUGCUCGUGCUGCCUCUGCUUCGUCAUGCUCCUGGCCCUGCUCGUCAUCCUCGCCGCUCUCGCCGGCGGCAUUUUCUACGCCAUUUACCGCCCGCGCCGCCCGGCUUUCUCCGUCUCCACGCUCCGCGUGGUUUCCUUCAAUGUCUCCUCCUCCGGCCACCUCGCAUCCCGGCUCGACCUCAACGUCACCUCCCGCAACCCCAACAAGAAGCUCGCCUACCUCUACGACCCCAUCACCUUCUCCAUCCUCUCCGGCGGCGCCGACAUCGGCGACGGAUCCUUCAGCGCGUUCGUCCAGGACGCGGGGAGCGUGACCCCGCUCUCAGCUCCGGCUUCCAUCUCCGGCCAAUCGCUGGACGCCGCGACGGCAUCGGGCCUGCGGAGGAACCGCGGCGGGGUGCCGGCGGAGGUGGAGAUGGAGACGAAGGCCGGCGUGAAGAUUGGCGGGCUGAAGACGAAGCGGAUCGGCAUGAAGGUGCGGUGCGAGGGACUCACCGUGGCGCUGCCCGCAGGGAAGAAGGCGGCCGCCGCCUCGCCGGGCGGCGACUGCACCGUCAAGCUCCGCCUCAAGAUCUGGAAGUGGAGCAUCUAGUGACCACAAAAAGAAAAAGAAAAAACAGAGCAGAGCAGAGCGAGCGGAUAAUCCGACGAUGGUUUCUAAAAUUAGGAAUGGAUUUUUCUUCUACGAUUGCAAGUAUUAUCGUGAUGUUGCAUUUUCUUAUCGAUUGUAAAAUGAUCGGAUUGGUUCUUCUUCAAUUAUUAUUAUUUAUUUA